UUAACCUAAGAUAAACUCAGCUAAGAUAGGCUAACGUUACUGCGCGACGAUGAGCGACGAAAUGUCUCCUGACUUCGUUUUGAUGCGUCUCCUCGUUUCGGCGGCUGAGUACGACCACCUGGAGCACCUGGACCGGCAGCCUGAACACGUCACAUCCGGUAAAACUGGCCUGCCUCACGGCCGGUUCGAUGUGGAUUCCGGGGGUCCCACUCCAGGCCUUCUCGGGUCGGCUUCUCCGCACUACAGCUCGCCUCUGCCCGGCAAAGGUGAGCUAGAAGGCCGGCUGCUUUUGCCGGAAGCACCACCAGGCUCCGAGGAGGAGGACGACUUGGACUUCCCCGGCUCUGGGAGGGCUGGGUCGAGGGCGCAGUUGAUGGUGUUCCGGAACCGGAUGUUGGAAUUCGGCCUGGAGCAAUCCCCUUUGGAGGGGAAGGAGACCCGGUGGGUGGACUCCUUGGAGUCGUGUUCCGGUUCGUCCGGGGCCGCGGAAGAGCGGGACGUCUGUUGCGUCUCGCCUUCUGAGAAGAACCAAUGCGAAACGUCUGGGUCGGUCCUCUGCCACCCGCUGGCCAAUUGGCCUCAGAUGGGUCUGGGAAAGAACUGUUGCACGGGCGAUGAGGAGGUGCUCCUUGCUCUGAACCCGACACCGGACCAGGCGGCGGGAAAGGAAGGUGAUGAUAGCGUAGCUGCCUCCCUCCCUCGGUGCUCUUGUCUCCUGGCCGCCGGGGGGAUGUCACCGGGCGAGGAUCCGAGUGAGACCAGUGAUGCCCUUCUGGUUCUGGAAGGCUUGGAUACGGAUGGCGACGUCGGGGACUUGGGGCAGUGUAGGAGGGUGGAGCCCGUGUUCUCCAGUGGAACUCUCAGUGGGCUGAUGCAACAGGUCCACAGACUGGCGGGGGAGGCAGGGGUCUGCACCCAUCAGACGUGGAGGACCCCCACAGCCAUCCACGGCCCCACCGGCUCUCUCCCGAACCAUAUCGCUGACUGUCUCCAAGCUUCCCCUGCCAGCCCUCUAUCCCCCACACCAGCACCACGACAUCGCCCGCAACAUCAAUCCCGCUCUCAACCCCAGAGCCGGGCCACCACCCCAAAGCUGUGCUCGGCCACUGGAGGCCGUUCAGCCUCCCCCCUGGUGGUUCUGGAAGGGGACUUGGCAGGUGGGGACAGGACGCCCAGGGGCAAGUCCAGGAAAGGGGGGUCCCUGAAGGUGCGACUAAGUAAACUGUUCCGGACCAAGAGCUCGUGCGGUGGGACGGGGGGCCUCCUGGACAAAAGGCCGUCGCUCGCCUCGUCCACUUCGUCGGGUGGGAGUCUGGUGGACGUGUGGGGGUCCGCCAGAUUGUGGGGGUCCACCUGCAGCAACAUGGAGGACGGUGGCAGGCUGCAGACGGCCACGCUGACGUGCACGCCGCCCUUCACCGGUGAAACGGUCUCUCUGGUGGAUGUGGAGAUUUCUCGGAGGAGCUGUCUCCACCCCCCGACUCCUCCACCUCCACCCAGACGAAGCCUCAGUCUGCUCGAUGAUUUGGGUGGUCCCCCGCCUCCGCGGAUUCCGUUGUCCGAGUUUGUCGGUGGAGCGUCGAUGCAGUCCCUGCCCCCCCGUCCCAUGGGUGUGCCCCCCUCCCUGAGCACCAUCCAGCACAGCUUGAGUCUUAAUGACUCGUUCCUGCGGGGGCUACCCAGGCCUGUCCCACUGCGGGCCGACGCCCGGCACCUGCCGGCGCCCCGCCCGGCGCCCCGCCGUCCCCUCAAGCGUCCCGACGCCGGCAACUUCGCCAGCAGUCUCCGAGAGCUGGAAAAGUGUGGCUGGUAUUGGGGUCCCAUGACGUGGGAGGACGCCGAGAUGAAGCUGAAGGGCAAAGCGGACGGCUCCUUCCUGGUGCGGGACAGCUCGGACCCUCGCUACAUCCUCAGCCUGAGCUUCAGGUCGCAGGGUGUCACACACCACACACGCAUGGAGCACUAUCGAGGGACCUUCAGUCUGUGGUGUCAUCCUAAGUUUGAGGACCGUUGUCAUUCAGUGGUGGAGUUCAUCGAGCGUGCCAUUAUGCACUCCAAGAACGGGAAGUUCCUCUACUUCCUGCGCUCCCGAGUACCAGGUCUGCCGCCCACGCCGGUGCAGCUCCUGCAUCCCGUGUCCCGCCUGAGCAGCAUCAAGUCACUCCAGCACCUUUGUCGCUUCUGCAUCCGCCAGCUGGUUCGCGUAGACCACAUCCAGGAACUCCCGCUGCCCACGCCGCUCAUCGCCUACCUGCGAAGGUUUUACUACUACGACCCUGAGGAGGAGGUCAGCCCCGCCAAGGAGGCCGGUGACGCACAAACGUAGCAAAUCAGCGUGCCGACUAGUGUGAGACAUUCAAAGAUGGACUUGAAGCUGGACAGCCAAUCAGCUCUCUUGCUACGUCGUCUAUCAAGUUUGGACAACCUUUCUUUUCUGAGCUCUCUGACUGGCUUCUGUCAGCGGGUGGAAAAGAAAGCACUCCUCCUUGGCUUCUGUUGUUGCCGCCGAGUUUUGGCUAAAGACGCUAACUGCGUGGCUUCCUGGAACCGACAGAAUAACAGGACGUUUACUGGACGUUGACGCUCUCGCAUGUAAAAGAAGCCCAAGCCUCGUCCAUCCCGGUGAGUGACAGCCAGGAAGUGGGCGGGACCCGAACAUUGAUGAUGUCACGUGACUCGUGCUGGGACACGCCUCAAUGAUGAUGUCAUAUUUGUGAGCUGUCAAUAAAUGUAGGCGGGACUCUUCA